AUGAGGAUGCUGAAGAUGUUCCCAGUAGUAUCCAGCUAUUGCCUUCCGUGGGGUGGACUUCAAAGGAGAUUCUGCCUGAGUCAACCAGCGUGGAGCAGACAGCUCCUGCAGCAUGUGCACGUGAGGGUUGGGGACCGGGCUGAACUCAGCAGGGCCUUCACACAGAGGGACGUGGCUGCCUUCUCAGAAUUAACGGGAGACGUCAAUCCUUUGCAUUUAAAUGAAGAUUUCGCUAAACACACUAAGUUUGGAAGGACAAUUGUACAUGGAGUUUUGAUCAAUGGGCUCAUCUCAGCUCUCUUGGGUACGAAAAUGCCAGGACCAGGCUGUGUAUUUCUCUCCCAGGAAAUUAACUUUCCCGCUCCUUUAUAUAUUGGAGAAGUGGUUUUAGCUUCUGCAGAAGUGAAAAAGCUGAAGCGGUUUGUUGCUUUUAUUGCCGUGUCAUGUUGUGUAAUAGAAAGUAAAAAGACUGUUAUGGAAGGCUGGGUUAAGGUUAUGGUUCCAGAAGCUCCCAAAUCCUAAUUAUAGGUGUUAAGUUAUAAGUUCAAACACCAAUGUGAUUGUUAUUUAAGAGCAUCUGGGGAAAUGGGCCACUUGCUAUUCAUCACCAAGGAAAGGCCAAGAGACUCAGAAGCUACCUUAGAGAAGGGGGGCAGUUAGAGGGGUAAGCGGGUGUCCACUUUCCAAUUUGAACUUCACCCAGAGCUGAGUAGAUGCAUGACUACAUCAUCAGUUAAGAAUUUUUUUGUAGUUGUUUUUUGGAGUUUUUAACCAUUGAGCCACAUCCCCGUCCCUUUUGGUUUUUUAUUUUUUGAGACAGGAUCUUGCUAAAUUGCAUAGGGCCUCACUAAGUUGCUGAGACUGGCUUUGAACUUGAGAUCCUCCUGCCUCAGUCUCCCGAGUUGCUAGGAUUACAGGUUUGUGCCACUGCACCCAGCUGUUGAAGUUUUUUAAAUUGAAAAAGAAAGUAUCAGGAGGCUUACUUAUCUGAAGGGUGUACUUUCAGAAUUUAAACCUAGUUAGAUUUGUGUUUGAUAAACACCUACCUAUAUCUGAGUAGAAUAGGUUUCUCACUGGAUUUUUAUAACUGUCAAGCAUUUGCUUGCUGAAGGCAGCAGUGGAACUUGGCUCAUCUUUGAACACUUACCCUUUACCAGUAAAUAUUCUUAGAUACCUUCCUCUCUGUUUCUGGGUCAGUUUAUUGUAAUUUGUUAUUUACACCAAGAUGGCAUCUUGCUCAUCUUUCUGUGGAACUUGCCUUUCAGGUCACUGUUACCAGAGAAGGGCUUGUGGGCAGACUUGGAUUCAAUUAUGUAAACUGUGUCUCAUCUAGAAAAUAGCGAUAACAUGUACUGGGCAGGAUUAUUGUUGGGAACAGCAGAUACACAGUUAAGCAUAAGGCUCAGCUGUGAACAGUAGCUGCUAUUGUCCAUUUCCUCUGUGAGUGAGGUUAGGAGUUUUCUUACAUUUAAAGCAGGGUAGCCUACAAUUAAGCAGGCAUCAGACCAUCUUUCAGGCUGUCAGUCAAUCUGUAUUAGUAUUUUAAUCUUGGAAUUGAAUCUUCAAUGCAGAGUUUCUAUUUUAACAAUCCAGACAGAUUAUUUUCUCCCUCCCUUGGAAAUGUGGGUUCACAUUGUGUAGAUACACAAAUACAUGCUUUAUUGUAAAAAUAGAAGAAAUAAAAGGUAUAAGAAGGCCAA